AUCAUACUACACUCUUACGAAAAUUGGUUUUUCAUUGAUUAUCUAGAAAAUCGAUCGGUUUCACAGAAAACCCAAAGGUUUUAUGGCGUAUCCAAAAAAUGAUUUGGUUUUUUGCAAGAGAAACAAAAAUAAAUUGGUUUUCCAACAAUUCAUAUUUGAAAAACUAUUGGUAUUUUAGAAAAUAAAUGCGUGGGUUUUAAUUUAUUUUGGUUUUCCAAAUAUUCAUCUAUUAUCUUUAAAUUUGAUUGGUUGUUUACUUGCAGCCUCCAUAUUAGUUUUAAACAAGCGCGCUAUUUAAUAACUGUCAUUUAUUCGUUACUUAUAAAAUUGGAAUUGCUGUUAUCUAUUUUAAAUUUUACUCUCUAAGAAGUCGUUCAAUUAUUUUAUUAAACUAAUGGCAUCAAAUAUCUUUUUACCUGCAAACGUUAAACAAUGGGAUUUAUUGGAUUGUUGCAGUUGGCUAGAUUCCAUCGGAUUAACUAAUUAUAUAGAUGCUUUUAAAGGUAUUCUAUAAUUUGUUUAAAUCAUAUUUGUGACAUGGAAAAUACAUUUUUUUGCUCUAUUUGCCACCUAACAACCAUUUCCCUUUCUAAGUUGCUGAGACAUUUAACGGUUUUCCACAGCCAUGAUUUUAACUUUAAUGUAGAAUGCUGUUAUACAAGUUGCAAAAAAACAUUUUAUAAAAUAAAUAGUUUUCGUAAGCAUGUUUACCGUUAUCAUAAGAAUUAUGGUUUAAAACAAAAAGGUAAUGACCAUCAUGUGUCUGUGGUUGGUAAAGAAGAAUUAAUUUUUAGUUGUGACACUUCUAAAGUAGUAGUUGAUAGUUACUCUCUUUUUUUAAAGAUUGUGUCUGAAUUAAAAUAUUGUGUUGGAUUAAUGUUUCUGAAAUUGCGAGAAAAACAUGUAGUUUCCAGCCAAGUUCACAUUGAAUUUGUAUCUGAUUUUAAAGAACUGUUUCAAACCUUUUUGACAUCAUACAACAAUGUCAUUGAGAAGUGCUUACCAAUGCCGAUAGAUGCUACAUUUAAAAGUAUUUUAGAUAGUGACCUUCUGUGUGAUGUCUUUUCACAUUUUAUGAAUGAAUAUCAACUUGUUAAGUUUUGUAAAAAUACUCUUUCUAUGGUUGAGCCAAUAGAAGUUAAGAUUAUUGAUACAAAUAAAAAAGUUCAUAAAUUCCACUAUAUAAGCUUGAAACGUUAUCUUGAAAAAAUACUUUCAAACGAAGAGGUUUUCAAUGAAUUUGGUAGUUAUUUAAAUAAAGUAACAAUUUCAGACACUAAUAAAGACAAUUUAAGUGAUUUUCAUGAUGGAGAAAUUUUUAAAAAACAUCCUUUGUUUUCCACUGACCCAACUGUAAUUCGUAUUCAUUUGUUUAUAGAUGAGUUUGAAUCUGUUAAUCCUCUAGGCUCCAAGAGAGGCAAACAUAAAAUUAUUGGUAUUUAUUACACUAUUGGAAAUUUGCAUCCACGCUAUCGCUCUCAAAUGUCUCAAGUUCAUUUAGCUGCAUUGGUUCGUUCUAAUAUUUUGAAAAAAACUUCUUAUUCUGAAAUUAUGAAACCAUUAAUUGAUGAACUUAUAGAGUUGAGUAAUAAUGGGAUUAUUUUAAAAACUAACAGUAUGACUCAUUCACUUAAAGUAAGUCUUGCAACAGUUUCAGCUGACAACUUAGGUGCUCAUGCACUAGCAGGUUUUCGCUGCUGUUUUAGUUCAGGUAGGGUUUGUCGAACCUGUCUAGUUCAUUUUGAAACAAUAAGGCUAAAACAAUAUCACAUUGACUGUUAUUUAAGAACAGAUCACAACUACAAUCAACAGUUGAAUGCAAUAAAUAAAUUUCCUGUUAACAAAUCUGUUUAUGGAAUAAAUCAAUCGUGCUGCUUGAAUAAUCUACCAUUUUUUAAUGUUUUAGAAAGUUUUCCACCUGACAUCCACCAUGAUUUCUUAGAAGGAAUAGUUCCUAUGGUUUUAAAAUUAGUCAUCCAAAAAUUGAUAUCACAUAACAUUAUUUCUCUUAAACAACUUAAUUAUGAAAUAUGUAAUUUUUCAUUUGGGUUUAAUGAUAAAAAAAGUAAACCAGUGCCUCUAAGUGCAUCAGUUUUGUCUAAGAAGGGUCGUAUAAUUGGAAAAGCAUCUGAAUUGUGGUGUUUUUUUAGAUGUCUGCCAAUUAUAAUAUUUGGUUACAUAUCUAGUUUUAAUGAUGACUGUCCAGCCUACUGGUUGGUAUAUCUUGAACUAAGAAAUAUAGCUGAUAUCAUAUUUUCACCAGUUAUUAAAAGAGAUUCUCUUGGAUAUUUAGCUUAUAUGAUUGCAUCAUUUGUUAAUUCUUUUGUGGAUAUAUGGCCUGGAAAUUUUAUUCCUAAAAUGCACUACAUGGUGCAUUAUCCUAGACAAAUUGAACUAUUUGGACCUUUGCGACAUUUAUGGUGCAUGCGAUUUGAAGCCAAGCACAACUACUUUAAGUGUCUUUCUCGUGUUGUUUCUAAUUUUAAAAACAUCACUUAUACAUUGUCUAAGCGCCAUCAAAUGCGCCAGUGUUGUGAAUUAAAUUCAGUUGAUUUUAUGAAAAUUGAGCAGCACAAUCAAAGAAAUGGUAUUAUUAUAUCAUUAACUUCAUUACCUGAAGGUCUUCAAGUAGAACUUACACAUAACUUUUUACUUGAUCAAAACACUCAGUUGUGGAAAGUUACAAAUGUUUCAGUGAAUCAUUGUUCCUACCAAACUGGUGACUUUAUUGUUCUUAACAUUCUAGAUGAUGGUACUCCUAUUUUUAUGUCACUCAAGUAUAUCCUUAAAAUUAAUGGUUUAUGGUUCUUGUGUGGUAAACUGUGUUCUUGUGAAAAAUUUCUUUUUUAUUUACAUGCUUAUAAUCUAAUUGAAAUAUCUUCUUGGGUUGUUAUUCUUUCUGGACAAGAAGUAUCACAUGAACCUUUAGAUGGAUAUUUAAUGUCUGAUGGACAACUUUUAGUUACUUUACGUAGUUUAGCAACAAAAUAAUAUAACAUUUGUAUAUAUUUUAGUUGUUAGUUUAACUGAUUAAAACUCAACAAAAAAAAAUCAUUUUUUUAGAUUUUCACUAAUUUCAAUUAAUUUUGUUUUAUUUGAUUUUCUUAUAAAAUAACUUGGUACAAGAAUUGGUACAAUAUAACACAUUUUACUAAUUCUUCUAUUUUAUAAUAAAAAUAUAAUAGAAUAGCAGAAAUAUAAUAAUGUACCUUGAUACAUACUUAGUAAUAUUGAACAUAUGUUAAACAUUUUUGCAUAUUCUUCAAACCUUUCAUUUCAAUUUAAACAGUUUAACAUUCAUUCAAAAGAUCAUGUUUUUUUUGAUAUUAUAAUAU